GGCUUCCCACCGUCUCUCUGCUGCUGGGGCCGCUGCUGGGGCCGCUGCUGGCGGGCCCGGCGCACGGCUUGCAUGCGGAGUUGACCUGGAAACCUCUUCUUGGCCACUGUCCUGUCUAAAGAACUCACCUUCCAGAGCCCACCUGCACAGAACUGGUGGGGGACCCUCCUAGGAGCUGAGAAAAUGGUGACCUUCAGGCAGCUGCCCCUGGGUGUGAAGGCCGCCCUGGCUGCUGGUACUGUCUUCAUGUCCAUGAUCGUCUCCCGCACCUACCUGGCAGGGAGCCUGGAGCUCAGGUCCUGGAGGUGGGUGUUCCGCCUGCAGCUUGCCUUGUUCGUCAACUCGCUCAUGCUCAUCGGCUCCCUGUACAUCUGGCGUAGCACCGUGAGCAACCUCGGCCCCUCCCCAGCUGCAGUGUCGGCCUGGUUUUGGCUUUGGAAGAUGGCUGUGGUGGUGUUUCUCGGCCUGGCCCACUCCAGUUCCUUCACAAUGCUCUUUCUGGUGGCAGAAGAACCCUAUCUCUUCUCCUUGGCAGCCUACUCCUGUCUGGGGGCUUACAUCAUCAUGGUCUUCUUCCUCUGUAUCCUCAGUGGCACAGAGCAGGUCUGCCAGCUCUUGGCCUGGCGCAGUGGCAGGGUUGUGGGCAGCCUGGACAAGACCAGGAAACUGGCCCUCCGGCCUGCCCUGGCAGUGGUGGUGACUGCUGUGCUCAGUGUGGUUGGGCUUCUGAAUGCUGCCCAGCCUCCAGUCGUGAAAACAGUGGAGGUGCCCAUCCACCAGCUGCCUCCCUCCAUGGACAACCUCAAGAUCGCCCUCCUCUCGGACAUCCACUUGGGCCCCACGGUAGGGAGGACUAAGAUGGAGCUGUUCGUCAAGAUGGUGAAUAAACUGGAACCCGAUAUCACAGUGAUCGUGGGUGACCUGUCCGAUUCGGAGGCGUCGAUCCUGCGGACAGCCGUUGCCCCCUUGGGCCAGCUUCGCUCCCGCCUCGGGACCUACUUCGUCACUGGAAAUCAUGAGUAUUACACAUCAGACGUCAGCAACUGGUUCACGCUGCUGGAAUCCCUGCACGUGCGGCCCCUGCACAAUGACAAUGUGAAAAUAGCUGCAGCAGGGGCCCAGCGCGGUGGUGGUGAAGAUGGAGCCUGGAUCUGCUUGGCUGGCGUGGAUGACAUUGAAGCGGAUAUCUUGCACUACUCUGGCCACGGCAUGGAUCUCAUCAAGGCCCUGGAGGGCUGCAGCCCAGACCACGCCACCAUCUUGCUCGCUCACCAGCCCCUGGCUGCCAAGAGAGCCCUCCAGGAACGGCCAGAAAUUAAUCUGAUCCUUUCAGGGCACACCCACGCUGGGCAAAUCUUCCCCUUGAACGUGGCAGCCUAUCUCCUGAACCCUUUCUUUGCUGGUCUCUACCGCGUGGCCCAGACAACAUUUGUCUAUGUCAGCCCGGGCACGGCUUACUAUGGGAUUCCAAUGAGGUUGGGUAGCCGGGCGGAGAUUACGGAGCUCAUCCUGAGGGCUCCCUGAGCACAGCCCUGCCCUUGCCCUUGGCCCUCUCUUCCCCACUGCCCAGUGGUUUCCCAGCUUGAUCUCCUCUCCUGCCCAGUCCUGCCAACAUACCCUUGGUCACAAGCCUGUCCUGAACAAUCAUCCGUCAUGGAACAGCCUGACAAGUUCAGGUUAACUCUUUAGAUGGCCAGUUGAUUGGCCAUUGUGGUCACCUAUGUAAGAGCGGGUAUUUCCGGAGAGUAUGGGGUGGGACGCUCCUCCCAUGCAGAGUUCCCAGAGAAGAAUGGAAUCUUGGGAUUGCUCUCCAAGUGGAGUGGGGAAGCUGCAGGCAUGGCUUCUGCUUGUUGUUUUAAAUCAUCUCUAGGACCAGGGCAGGCUUCUGGAAUCACGGAUCUAGAAAUUCGCUUGGGAGGAAGCCGCGUUGCUAGGAAAUUUGGGAGAGCAGGCAAGAUGGAGGCCCCCUGUGUCUUCUGCGGAAGACUGGUUUCUCUUUCCCCGUCAUCCCUAUCAGAGCCGCCAACAUUGAGACUAUCAGCAAAACCCACACCCUGUGCAUUCAAGCCUCCGAGUGUGGCUGUUUCUCGGGCUGUGCUCCUGGACCUUUGUGGGUGGGGGAAGUAGACAGAACUAUGAGCAGCGUGGUGGUGUUGGUGGUAACAAUCUUUGG